AUGGUCACUUAUGGCAUCAUCAUCCCUAUUAUGCCUUCUAUUAUCAAGGAAAUGAAUGGUGACUCGACUAUGACCGGUGUCCUUGUUGCCGUUUAUGCUGCUGGUAUCAUGUCCGCUUCACCUCUCUUUGGUACUCUCUCCGAUAAGAUGGCCUCGCGUCGUCUACCUAUGAUAAUUGGCCUUUCUGGUAUGCUGAUUGCAACUAUUAUUUUCAUGUUGGCCAGAACUUACUGGCUCUUGAUCAUCGCUCGUUUCUGUCAAGGCGUUUCUGGAGGCGCUGUCUGGACCUUGGGGCUGGCUUUGAUGACGGACUCGUUCCCGGCCAACCAGAUGGGCGUUCAAAUGGGCAAAUCACUUAUUGGACAUACAAUGGGCCUCCUAGGUGGGCCCCCAAUUGGUGGAGUUCUUCACGAUGCAUUCGGAGCCAAGGCACCAUUUUACUUCUGCAUCGCCUUUGCAGCCCUGGACAUCUUUUGCCUCUCCAUACUGAUCGAAAUGCGCGCAGAUGAAGUACUCUUAAUCCGCCAAUUUGAACCCGAGCUCCGGGAACGUGCCAUAGCUAGAGGCGAGGAGAUCGAGGAACCCAAACAGACCUCUAUUUGGAGGCUGAUAAUCACUCCUCGUUUGCUUGCCGCUGUAUGUGUCACCACGCUCGAAGCCUUUGAUCUAGCUUCUCUCGAACCCACACUCCCUUACUACCUUAAUGCUCGUUUUGGCAUGACUGAAGGUCAGAUUGGUCUUGUCUUUAUUGCUUUUACUAUGCCGACCAUUGUUUCUCCCUUGGCUGGAUGGAUAUCGGACCGCUAUGGUGCUCGCUAUCUCUGCGCUGGCGCCGUGGCUUGUUGUGCCAGCUUUAUGCUUAUCCUCAGUAUCGAAAGUAAGCCGCUGUGGGGUAUUAUCCUAAAUCUGAUCUGUAUUGGUCUUUCAACCUCCAGUUUCAUUGCCCCAGUUUUGGGCGAGAUUUCAGCCGUGGUACGACGAACGGGAGACAAGAAUGCAUAUGCGAGAGCGUUCGCGAUCUUCAAUAUAGCGUUCAGUUUUGGAAUGUUGAUCGGACCGAUCUUGGCAGGGUUUGUUUAUCAAAAGCAUGGCUUCAAAUGGAAUUGCAUCGUCAUUGCCUGUGUUCUGUACUUUUUUGUGCCCAUGCUGUUGCUUUGGAUGGGCGAUCGUAAGGCGAAGAUGGAGGACGUGGCUUUGUAUGAGCGUGAAGAGCAGGAACGCAAGAGGCAGCUUCAUGAAAUCGAAAUCAUCAAAGCAGAGAGAAAGGCUGCUGAAGAACUCAACCAGAAAACAUUAGUUUAA